AAACUAAAAAAAUCUUGACGAUUAAUACAUAGUUAUUUUGCUUAAAUGAAGGCAAGAAAAUAUAUUUUAUGGAAUAAUUGUAUGAUAAUUCAUAAAAUAUGCUUGUCAAUGUUACUCAAUCAUACAUUGGUAGUUCAUUAACAGUGCAAAUUGAAUUCUUCUGUCUUUGAUAUUUUGCUAAUUUUCAGCCUUGUGAAAUCAUAGAACGUACAUUUAACAGCCUCCAUUUGUACUCUUACUGUGGGAUCUACAGGAUGGACAGAGAUAAGAAAUGUGGUCUAAACCUGGAUGUUGUGACAGAAUUUAAGGUGUUGAUAAAAGCAUCAUUGAGAUGAUUUACUUCAGGGAAAGUCCCAUGAAGAGAGAAAAAUGAAGUCAGGAGGUAGUUGAUAGAGAAAAUAAGGAAACACUGAAAGACUAGGUUUAUACUGAAGAGAAAAAGAAAGAUUGUAGCAUUUACCCUGUUCUUUUGGAUUGCAUCAGUUACUCUGACUUUUUCUGGUUUAGGAUUUUUUUGGGGGGAGGGUUUAUUUUGUGGUUUUCUUUGAUACCAAAUAUGCUUUGGUUUGCCAUUAUCUGUUAUAUUUAAUACCUCAUAAUUAAAAAUUCACACAAAGCAUCUUUUCAGUGGGUUUAGAUAUUUGUGUGAAAAUUCAAUGUAUCAUAAAUUUAUGCAUAUAUAAAUAUAACUUUUUUGACCAGUCAAGGUAUCAUGAAACUGAUAUCAGUCAAGUCUACUUUAUCUAAAUUAAUUCAGGAUUUUUAUUCUUAACCUCUGUAUUCAUGUUUCUUUAUCUGCAAAAUGAGUUUCAUAAUGGUACCUACAUCAUAGAAUUAUUGUGAGGGUUAAAUGUGUUAAUAUACAUGUAAACUACAUAGAAUAGUGGCCGGUCUGUAGAAAGUCCUAUAUUUUUGCUACUAGUAUUAUUACCUUCACCUUCAUUUUGCUGUUAGGCAUACAUUCCAGAUGAUGAUGGUGGGUCCUUGAGGGAGUAAGGUGUGGUAGGAUACAACUUGUCUUCGAUUUUCAUCAUCUAUGCAUGCCAGUACCCUUGCUGAGAAGUUCCAUUCCUCCAAGGUUUGCACUCAGGAGUCCAAACUCCUCUCCUGAACAAGCAAGGUCUGUCUCCUGGCACGCACACGCCUGCCACUGCUUGAUGGCUAAUCUGCAAGCAAAAGGAAAGGGCAAGGAUGGUGGAGGCUUUCUGUGCUACCUGGAAGCUGACGGACAGCCAGAACUUUGAUGAGUACAUGAAGGCGCUAGGUGUGGGCUUUGCCACUAGGCAGGUGGGAAAUGUGACUAAACCAACAGUGAUCGUCAGUCAGGAGGGGGACAAAGUGGUGAUCAGGACACAAAGCACAUUCAAAAACACAGAGAUUAGUUUCCAUCUGGGAGAAGAGUUUGAUGAAACCACUGCAGAUGACAGAAACUGUAAGUCUGUUGUUAGCCUGGAUGGAGACAAACUUGUUCAUGUACAGAAAUGGGAUGGCAAAGAAACAAAUUUCGUAAGAGAAAUUAAGGAUGGCAAAAUGGUUAUGGUAAGUAAAGGCAGUUCUCCCUUUGUUUCUUCUUGCUUUUCACUCCUCUCCUAGUUCCCAUCCCCUUCUCUCUCUCCCACCCUUCUUUAAUAACAGUAAGUCUCCAGCAAGCUUCUUUGAUCAUGUGUAAAACAGAAGACAUAAAAAAUGUCCUGGUGAAUUGUAUCAUCAGCUCUGCUUCUUUAAUUAUAGAAAAAAAAGAAAAAUUCUAUGCAAGCGUGGUUUUCAGAAGUUUCCAUCGAUUUAGCUAAAACUGUCAAAGAAAGAAUUUGUGUAGUAUUACUGUGAAUGUCUAAACCUCAAAUGAAAUCUAAAUAUAAAAAUAUUCAUGAAAACAUAUGAAUAAGACUGAUAAAUUACUAUGAGUAUCAAGUUGACUGAAUAUCCAAAAAAUUACUUUACAGCUACUGUAAUAAAUAAGAGAUCUUGACACUUUUUAUAUUUUAGUUUAUGCAGGUUCCAUAAGCUCAGUGCAGGUAAUUUAGAAUAUAACAGAAAAGUGUAGUUCCUCCUUAGAGGGAACCAUUUUGAUGUUACUUCCUUCUAGUCUUUCUUUUGAUGCAUCGUGCCCUGUAAAUAUUUCCAUUCAAUACCAGUAGUCAUGUAAAAACUAUAAAAAUAUAAAAUUAAAAAAAAAUCUCUAAUGAUGUAGUAGCAUCAUAAACUGGGGAAAAUGUUAUGCAUUAAUCUAACAUUCUAGACACAUUUUUGUGAACUGAGUAAUGGUAUUUUGAUGACAUUG